AUGGCCAACGCUCCCCACGGCGGCGUCCUCAAGGACCUCUUUGCGCGCGAUCUGCCUCGCCAGGCCGAGCUGCUGGAGGAAUCCGAGACUCUCCCUGCGCUGGUUCUGUCUGAGCGCCACCUGUGCGACUUGGAGCUGAUCCUCAAUGGCGGUUUCUCGCCUCUCGAGGGCUUCAUGACUGAAAAUGAUUACAACCGAGUGGUCAAGGAGAACCGGCUCGAGAGCGGCCUGCUCUUCAGCAUGCCUAUUACCCUCGAUGUAGACCAGGCACAGAUCGAUGAGCUGUCCAUCAAGCCCGGCGCAAGACUCACGCUGCGUGACUUUCGAGACGACCGGAAUCUCGCCAUCCUGACAGUCGAGGAUGUGUACAGGCCAGACAAGGUUCAGGAGGCCAAGCUGGUCUUUGGCAGCGACGAUGACACGCAUCCCGGCGUCAAGCACCUCUUGAGCGUGGCCAAGGACUUUUACGUUGGCGGAAAGCUCGAGGCCAUCAACCGUCUGGAGCACUACGAUUUCCUCGAUCUGCGCUUCACUCCUGCAGAGCUGCGAUCCCACUUCAACAAGCUCGGCUGGCAAAAGGUCGUGGCCUUCCAGACGCGAAACCCGAUGCACCGCGCUCACCGCGAGCUGACGGUCCGCGCCGCUCGCUCCCAGCAGGCAAACGUGCUUAUCCACCCCGUCGUUGGCCUCACCAAGCCCGGCGACAUCGACCACUUCACUCGAGUCCGCGUGUACCGCGCUCUGCUGCCUCGCUACCCGAACGGCAUGGCCGCGCUCGCCCUGCUGCCCCUGGCCAUGCGAAUGGGAGGCCCUCGAGAGGCGCUCUGGCACGCCAUCAUCCGCAAGAACCACGGCGCCACGCACUUCAUCGUCGGCCGUGACCACGCCGGACCCGGCAAGAACAAGAACGGCAAGGACCACUACGGCCCGUACGACGCGCAGCUGCUCGUCCAAGAGCACCAGGAGGAGCUGGGCAUCAAGAUGGUCGAGUUCCAGGAGAUGAUUUACAUCCCGGACCGCGACGAGUAUCUGCCGGCCAACGAGAUCCCCGAGGGCACGCGUACCAUGAACAUCUCGGGCACGGAGCUGCGAAACCGGCUGCGGACCGGCAAGGAGAUCCCCGAGUGGUUCUCCUACCCCGAGGUCGUCAAGGUGCUUCGCGAGCAGAACCCGCUGCCGCGCGAAAAGGGCUUCACCGUCUUCCUGACCGGUUACCAGAACAGCGGCAAGGACCAGAUUGCGCGCGCUCUGCAGGCCACGCUCAACCAGGGCGGCGGCCGACCCGUCUCCAUGCUGCUGGGCGAGACGGUGCGUGCCGAGCUGUCGUCGGAGCUGGGCUUCAGCCGUCAGGACCGGAGUCUCAACAUUGCACGCAUCGCCUUUGUCGCCUCAGAGCUGACCAAGGCCGGAGCCGCCGUCAUCGCCGCCCCCAUCGGACCGUACGAGGCCGACCGUAAACACGCCCGCGAGCUGAUUGAGAAGUCGGGCCCCUUCUUCCUGGUCCACGUUGCGACGCCGCUCGAGUACUGCGAGAAGACGGACCGAAAGGGCAUCUACAAGAAGGCCCGCGCCGGGGAGAUCAAGGGUUUCACCGGUGUCGACGACCCGUACGAGGUCCCCGAGAAGGCCGACCUGACCGUCGACCUGACCAAGCAAAACGUCCGCUCGAUUGUUCACGAGAUUAUUCUGCUCCUUGAGAGCAAGGGCCUGCUGGACCGACUGUGA